CCUGCCGGGGCCUUUACGCCCGAGAGAGAGAGAGAGAGAGAGAGGAAGAGAGAGAGAGGGAAGCCCUAGUACCCAGGGAGAGUCCGGAGUCCUCCAUCUCGCCGUCCCUCUGCGACCACUCUCACCGGAGCAGCUUUCCCUCCGGCGCGGGCUGUCCCAAGGUGGACCAUUCCAUUAGUGGUCGUUUGAAAUCGCUGGAACGCGGCGGAACAGCACAGCCUGUUCCAUUUUCCAUGCAGUCAAUGCGAACGUUGGUAUAAAAACUCAACCCAUUCCUCGCAGUGAGAAGGAACGCAUUCGAAGCGCCCUGUCUCUCUGGUUUGCUGUCUGUCCGUCUCCCUCUGACCCCCGCAGCUGCGACUCCCCCUCUCUCCCACGCACACCUCAUAUCACUUGGUUCAGGUUUGUGGUGACGACUUUCGGCGAGCAGCAGCCACCUCAGUGACAACCGACGGACAGGUGGCCGUUUUCUGCCGACGAGAGGAUACGCUGCCCGACGUUCCCCUCCACCAUCAGGGAUCAAGUUCCAGUAAGCUUCUGUCCUGAGAAUGAGCCAGCAAGGGCCACUGCACCCAAGGUCGUCUAAUGGAUUUGGGCGCAAGAAGCUGGAUAGGGAGAUGGGAAACAGUCUGGAUAAUAAGCUACAAGCAGCCAAAUUUCGUACGAACAGUUUUGGUGUUACAGAUGUUGCGAAUGAAAACAAAGUUGGAGGAUAUGAAAGCCCUUCACGAGAUCGGAUAUUGUUCCUAACAACAAGCCUUAUUGGCCAGACAGUUGAAGUCCAGGUUAAAAAUGGAUCCAUAUUCACUGGAGUUUUUCAUGCAACAAGUGCUGAAAAAGAGAUCGGCAUUGUUCUGAAAAUGGCUCGGCUAACUAAGGAUGCUUUCUUAAAAGGCCAGAAACCUUUGUCUGAUUUUGCCAAUAAGCCCUCCUCAAAGACGAUGAUUAUCCCAUCCAAGGAACUUGUGCAAGUUAUAGCUAAGGAUGUCCCCUUGACAGCCAAUGGUGUUGUGAAUGGUCAUGCACAUGAAAAACAGCAAGACAUUAUGAUUGACUCUUUGAUAUCUCAAUCUCAUCAUGUUGAGGUUGAGAGAAAGCUUGAGCCCUGGGUUCCUGAUGAAAGCAUUCCCCAAUAUCCAGAACUGGAAAACAUCUUCCAGAAUACCUGGAAUAGAAACUGGGAUCAGUUUGAAGCAAAUGAAGCAUUAUUUGGAGUGAAAAGCACAUUUGAUGAGGAGAUAUAUACUACAAAACUUGACAAGGGUCCUCAAAUGAAAGAGCUGGAAAAGGAAGCACUGAGAAUAGCUAGAGAAAUUGAGGGGGAGCAAACUCAAGACAUCCAUUUAGCUGAGGAAAGGGGUGUUAACUUUCCUGAAGGUUUUGAGCUUGAUGAAGAGAGCAGGUUCUCAUCAGUAUAUAGAGUAGUAGAUGAUGGGGUGUAUGAAGAAAAUGAUGGGGCAUUGUUGGAUGCCUGUAAUGAUGAAACUUUUGGUCCAUCAUCCAAGUCUAAUAAUGAAUCUUUUGUUUGUGAGAGGGGAAAUUCCACUCCAUGCUUUACGAAAUCCGAUGAUGUAACUCAAGCUUCAUCAGGCCCAAGCUCUCAGCCUGAGUCAUCCGUCCCCUUCCCAUCUGACAAGGGCAUUCAUUUAUCUUGCUCGAUUAGUCAUAGUGGUGAACCACUUCCUAAAUCUGUGUUCAGUGCUGCAGCAACAGAGGGUGCAAUCAGGGUUGCUGAGAAUCAGACCAAUGGCCAGCCUUUCGAGAAAAGUUUGUUUAAAGAGUUCACAGGAAGAAACUUUGCUUAUGAGGUUAGUCAGCCUUUAAAGCUGGAAGGUGAGUUAGAGUUACAGACUUUGCAAAAUACAAAAAAGCCGAACUCUGAUCGCAUUUCAGAUUCUGCAGCAACUGGAAAGGUGAACCUGUUUGUUCAAGCUGGAAAUGAUCAGGCUAAACCUGGCUGUUCAACAGCAUCCACUUCUGAUUCUCUGGCAUCCGCCUCUCUUUCAAGUGGUCCUACGCUGUCUCCAAGCUCAUCAGUGGGAUCUUUAGCUUCAGAAAAAUCGACAUUGAACCCUCAUGCUAAAGAAUUUAAGCUGAAUCCAAACGCAAAGAGCUUCACCCCAUCUCUCACUCCCUUGAGACCUCAAGCUCCAUUUGAAAGCUCUUUUUACUUGUCUGCUAAUGUAUCUACUGUUCCACAUGUCCAUGGUGCAUCAAUGGGCCUAGGGGUCACUCCCUCCUUUGGUGGACAUCAGCCUCUUGUAUAUAAUCCACAGGCUGCAUCUAUGCCAGCUCCUCAAGGUUAUUAUACAAAUGGACCUAUGUAUGGGCAGCAGAUGUUUAUGGGUCAACCUAGGCAAUUUUUGUAUAUGCCCGCUUAUUCUCCUGAAUUGCAGUUCAAAGGAAGGGAAUAUUAAUUCACAACUCAAUGCGCAUGGUCCUGCAAUGGUGCAUGUACAUACUGGAUUAUUUGAUGGGUCAUAGAGUUUGCCAAGUAAGGCGAGCCAUGUGAAUAAAGAUUAUAAGCUUGGCAAGAGCUAACGGCGAUUACUGGGACCAUGCCAUUCUAAAUGUGGGGGGAGUGUUGGUUACUGAUGGUUUACUUUGCUUGCAAUGUAUUUGUAAAAUUUAUCUGGCAUGUUAUGCUAAACCACUAUCGCCCUCACAGGCUGAAGAGUUUUUCUUGCUUGGGCUACACGUUGAUUUUUGGCUUACAUAAACUUUGCAUCCGUUUGCUCUA